CCCACCUCCUUAAAGACAAACUUGAACGUAAUCCAAUGAAUACAUUUACUGCAUUUAGGACAUUAUCAAGUGAUUAUCGAUCAUUAUAGAAACCUUGAAAAAGGAGUAACUAAUAAGAAUGGACGCCAGUACAAAUGUAAACCAAUCUCAACACACAUUACUCCCGGGCUGGCAGCUAGGAAAAGACUUAAGUUGUUGUAUGACAGAACUAUAUGACAAGAAGCUGUGGACAGAUGUAAAGUUUCGCUGUAAAGAUCAUGAUGACGACGAAAGAAUCCAUGCUCACAAGACGAUCCUGGCGGCCAGAAGUCCUGUGUUCCAGGCAAUGUUUUUCGGAGCUUUCGCUGAAUGUAGAGAGGAAGUCUCUAUCAAAGAUGCUAAAAAGGAAAUAUUUGAGCUACUUUUAAGGUACAUGUACAGUGAUACAGUGGCACUGAAGAAAGAUACGGCUUCUGAACUUCUACAAAUGGCACAUCUAUAUCAGGUUCCGAGUCUCGUUGAAGUCUGUGCCAACUUCAUAGCUACGAAUAUCAGACCAGAAAAUGCAUGCGAAAUUCUUACACUCGCCCUAUCCUAUGACAUAACUAUCCUCAAAGAGGCAUGCUGCACUGUAAUCGACAAAAAUGCUCGACUUAUUCUAAAGUCGAACGGAUUCAUGGACUUAAAAGAGGAGAUUUUGCUUUACAUUUUAAAAGGAGACACUUUCUAUGCGGAUGAAGAAGAAAUAUUUUAUAAGGUAGAAGAAUGGUCCACAAGAAAGCUUACACAACUUGGAUUAGAACACGUUGGCGACAACAUUCGUAAAAUACUAGGAGAUUUGUUCUAUCAGUUAAGGCUUCCUGCCAUGUCUUGUAAGGCGUUGGUUAAAUGUACACGGAAAAAGGCAUAUUUGACUGCAGAAGAAUAUAUCAAUAUCGUUGAUUUUAUAAACGAUAUUCCGGAAACAUCAGUUUUAAGUAAUUCGUGCGUAUCCCGUCUCCCAGUAAAUGACACAUUGAUUAUUGAUAUUGGUGAUGCAGAGAAAAUACAAAGCCACUGUCCCAGUACUUCGAUCCAGAUACAUGUCGCAAAAGAUGUAGAAUUGAUAAGUUUUGGCCUGUUUGAUAUUGAGCCAUGUUAUAAGUACGAUCAUUGCGUACAGACAAAUAGCGAGGACAACGUUGAGUCAUCAGCUGAUAUUGGAAGUUUUUUUGAAAGUUAUAGAGGCAAAGUAAUAGGUCUAUAUAAAUCAUUGAAAAGGCGAGUUGUCCAUUACAAAUCCGUACCAGAAAUAGAUAUUUCUCGGAGUUUUUGUCCCGUUAUUCAUGGCCGCCUGUCAAUCAGCAGAAGGAACUUCACACACAACUUCGAGCUAGAUACCCAAACAAAUGAAAUCAUAUAUCUGAAACAGCCUUUGAAACUGGAAAAGUCAAAUGUGUACACUGUUGAGAUUCAACUCGAGUACAGCUGUUGCAAACGGUAUACUGGCUGUAACAGACAUUUGCAAAUACGGUAUAGUGAAAGCAAGAACGUAAUCAACUGCAAAAAAGACCCUGUGAAAGUAUCAAAUGUAUAUGCAUACAGACAUUCAUUAUUGGAAAGCAUACAAUUUCGAAACUUGGCAAAUCGCUAGGACUGCUCACAAAUCGUAAACAGAAGCAUGAGUACUUACCAUGCUUUGAGAGAGGGUUAAUGUUAUAGAAAAAACAAUUAAGUGGAUUUAAAUACUUUUUAUAAAUAUUCAUUUCCCAAAACUACCUUAUCACAAGUUUUACCGAUCAGAGAUAUUACACUUCAUGUUUAUCAUUAUAUUAAGAUUCAAAAAUGGAAUGUUUUUUUAUUGGUUUUUUUUUGUUUUGUUUUUUUUUGGAUGGUAAGGUCUUCGCUCGUUGAAAAGUAUUAUCCGCCAAGCAACAGAAAAUAUGGAUUUCCCUGACAACCAGAAUAUUCUCUAUUUUCUGGGCUUGUUUUUUGUUUGUUUGUUUGUUUGUUUGU